AUGAUUCGCGAGGUACUUAUUUCCAGUUUCCUGACACUAACCGUCGGGUUAGUUGUUCACAACCCCCACACACAUGACCACAAUGCUCCUCUGCCAGCAUUCUGUAAUCAUCUGGAUUGUCCACGAUUCUCCGUCCUAAGAACAUUCAAAGAGGGAUAUGAGCUCCGCCAGUACGAAGCAUCAAAAUGGGUGAUGACAAACUUAACCGCCAUGAUAUUCACGGACGACGAUGACAAAAAAAUGUUUGAUAAAUUGUUUUAUUAUAUAUCUGGAAAUAAUUCUGCUCAUUCAAAAAUCCCCAUGACCGCCCCAGUAUUACGAGAAGUGUUCCAUGGACCGGGUCCAGCCUGUGAGAGCACGUUUUUGACCCAUUUUAUGAUCCCCUUCUCCUUACAACAGAACACGCCCACCCCCACAGAUCCGACCGUGUAUAUCAGGGACUUACCAGCCAUGCAGGUUUUUGUAAGAUCAUUUGGAGGUAAAGCAACUCCAGACGACUACAUGAACGAACUUCAGACUUUGGCUGAUCAGAUUGGAACCACCGCUAGAUUCGAGAAUGCAUUCUAUUUCUUCUCUGGGUACGAUAGCCCGUACAAAGUGACGGACCGUCAUAAUGAAGUAUGGUUAAAGAAAAUGUGAAGAAAGCGCCGAACGGAACAAAUCAUUGUCAUAAUACUAGUCAAAUAUAAUACCUGGUGUU